AUGGGAGGGCCGUCAACGCUAUCCGAAGUCCAACCGUUCCUAUCCCGCUUGUUCCAUGAUUCCGACAUCAUCCCACUGCCCUUUCAACGUAUAAUAGCCCCCAUAAUAGCCAAAAGAAGGACCCCGAAGAUUGAGGAGCAGUAUGCCAAAAUUGGCGGUGGCUCUCCUAUUCGAAAAUGGACUGAACACCAAGGUCGUGCGAUGGUCGAGUUACUCGAUGAACUCAGUCCUGAAACAGCCCCUCACAAGGCGUACACAAUGUUUAGAUAUGCAGAUCCAUUGACGACCGAAGCACUGCAGCAUAUGAAGAAUGAUGGCGUCAAGCGUGCCAUCGCCUUUUCCCAGUAUCCUCAAUACAGCUGUUCAACAACAGGCAGCAGUCUGAACGAACUGUACCGGAGGGCUCGGGCCAUGGGCCUUGGUGCUGACUCCGGGUCGGAACACGGGAUAGAAUGGAGUGUCAUCGAUAGAUGGGCGACACAUCCUGGUCUCGUUACUGCCAUCUCGGAAAACAUUUUCAAGGCACUGGCCGAAUUUGCAUCUUCUGUUCAGCCUUCAGUCGUCCUUCUGUUCUCGGCUCACUCAUUGCCGAUGGAUAUAGUAAACCGCGGCGACCCUUACCCUUUAGAAGUCUCAUCAACGGUCACGGCCGUAAUCCAGCACCUUCAGAAAUUGACUGGGUUCGAGAGUCCAUACCGGCUUGUGUGGCAGAGUCAAGUUGGACCCAAGCCAUGGCUUGGCCCAAAAACGCCAGAUGCUCUUCAAGGUUUGGCUCGUAACGGGAGGAAAGACGUCAUCUUAAUUCCCGUUGCGUUCACAAGCGACCAUAUUGAGACGCUCUACGAACUGGACUAUGAGUAUGGCCAGGAAGCCAAGGAGUUGGGAAUGAACCUCAUUCGUUCGGAAUCACUUAACGGUUCUCCAACCUUUGCUCGUGCGCUAGCAGACAUUGCAGCUGAACAUAUCAAGAGUGUUACAGAAAAGUCGCGAGGGCCUUCCAGUACGCAGAAGUUGCUUAGAUGUCCUGGUUGCACAAACCAAACGUGCGGGGAUCACAAGCAGUGGUUCUCACGAGGGGGGAAGGAUUAG